CAUCCCACUUACCCAGCGACCUAGAACCAUCAUAAUCCGUUCCCUGUCCACUGUCUCCUUCCAGCCUCUUACCAUUACUAACCAACCCGAAGAACCACAAAACUCUCUCCGCCCUCUCAUAGGCAAGCUUCUCCAGAGUAGCGCACAUUCGCUGUGUUCUGCCAAAGGCGUGGAAUAUGACGGGCAGCACUCCAGUGCUUGGCGAAUCCCCAGCAUCGAAUGUUCCUAGUGAAGAGACCUUGUCUCCAGCCGAGUCCAGCUUCCGUCUCCACUUCCAUUCACCCUGUUUUCCCAUCCUCUGUCCCGCCCUUUGCCGCGCUUCACACGGCUCUCGCGAGACUUGGUGACUCCGUUUCGCGUGCUCUUCUCGCGAGGCUGCAGGCAGGGCCGGCCCGACAUGGCGGAAGAAGAAGUGGCCAAGUUGGAGAAGCAUUUGAUGCUUCUCCGACAAGAGUAUGUCAAGUUGCAGAAGAAACUGGCAGAGACAGAAAAAAGAUGUACUCUUUUGGCUGCGCAGGCAAAUAAAGAGAACAACAGUGAGUCCUUCAUCAGCCGCUUGCUGACAAUAGUGGCAGACCUCUAUGAACAGGAGCAGUACAGUGAUCUGAAAAUAAAGGUUGGGGGCAGACACAUCAGUGCUCACAAGUUUGUCCUGGCAGCCCGCAGUGACAGCUGGAGUCUGGCCAACUUGUCAUCCACUGAGGAGUUGGACUUGUCAGAUGCUAAUCCUGAUGUGACAAUGACAAUGCUUCGCUGGAUCUAUACAGAUGAAUUGGACUUCAGAGAGGAUGAUGUGUUCCUGACUGAAUUGAUGAAACUAGCUAAUCGGUUUCAGCUACAACUCCUUAGGGAGAGAUGUGAGAAGGGUGUUAUGUCUCUGGUGAAUGUUAGGAACUGUAUUCGCUUCUAUCAGACUGCAGAAGAACUGAAUGCCAGCACAUUGAUGAACUACUGUGCAGAAAUUAUUGCAAGUCAUUGGGAUGAUUUGCGAAAGGAGGACUUUAGUAGCAUGAGUGCUCAGUUGUUAUACAAGAUGAUCAAGUCUAAGACAGAGUACCCAUUACAUAAAGCUAUCAAAGUGGAGAGAGAAGAUGUGGUCUUCCUUUAUUUGAUUGAAAUGGAUUCACAGCUUCCUGGGAAGCUGAAUGAAGUGGAUCAUAAUGGAGACCUUGCAUUAGAUCUAGCUCUUUCACGGCAACUAGAGAGUAUUGCCACCACACUCGUCAGUCAUAAAGCUGAUGUGGACAUGGUAGACAAGAAUGGCUGGAGCUUGUUACAUAAAGGAAUCCAAAGAGGAGAUCUCUUUGCUUCCACUUUCCUCAUUAAGAACGGGGCCCUAGUCAAUGCUGCUACUUUGGGGGCUCAGGAGACACCAUUGCAUCUUGUGGCAUUGUACAGUUCAAAGAAACACUCUGCAGAUGUGAUGUGUGAGAUGGCUCAGAUUGCAGAGGCCCUCCUGCAAGCUGGUGCCAACCCCAACAUGCAGGACAGCAAGGGCAGGACUCCACUGCACUUAUCUAUCACCGCCAGGAACGAAUAUGUGUUCAGUCAGCUGUUGCAGUGUAAACAGUUAGAUUUAGAACUAAAAGACCAUGAGGGCAGCACAGCUCUGUGGCUUGCACUACAGUACAUCACCGUGUCUUCUGACCAGUCUGUAAACCCCUUCGAAGAUCUCCCUGUAGUUAAUGGGACUUCAUUUGAUGAAAACAGCUUUGCAGCCAGACUAAUUCAUCGUGGCAGCAACACUGAUGCACCUGAUCCGAUGACAGGAAAUUGUUUACUACAGCGGGCAGCUGGGGCAGGAAAUGAGGCAGCAGCUCUUUUCCUAGCAACCAGUGGUGCCAAUGUGAACCACAGAAACAAGUGGGGAGAAACUCCACUACACACCGCCUGUCGACAUGGCCUGGCCAACCUCACAGCAGAGCUCCUGCAACAUGGUGCCAACCCAAACCUACAGACAGAGGAGGCUCUGCCUUUGCCAAAGGAUGCUUCGGUCCUGACCAGCUCCACAGGUAGCAUCCAUCUGCAGACGCCACUACACCUGGCGAUUGCCUGUAAUCAUCCAGAUGUGGUGUCCAUCAUUCUGGAGCAGAAAGCCAAUGCUCUUCAUGCUACAAACAACUUACAAAUUAUUCCGGACUUCAGCCUCAAGGAUUCACGAGACCAGACUGUGCUGGGCCUGGCAUUAUGGACUGGAAUGCACACGAUUGCAGCCCAGCUGCUGGGCUCCGGGGCUUCCAUCAAUGACACCAUGUCAGAUGGGCAGACCUUGCUACACAUGGCCAUACAGCGUCAGGAUAGCAAGAGUGCUCUCUUUCUCCUGGAGCAUCAGGCAGACAUAAAUGUCAGCAGGACUCAGGAUGGGGAGACAGCCCUUCAGCUGGCCAUCAGAAAUCAACUUCCACUCGUAGUAGAUGCCAUAUGCACCAGAGGAGCUGACAUGUCCGUGCCAGAUGAGAAAGGGAACCCCCCACUGUGGCUUGCAUUGGCAAAUAAUCUGGAGGACAUCGCAUCCACUCUGGUCAGACAUGGUUGUGAUGCCACAUGUUGGGGUCCAGGCCCCUGUGGGUGCCUUCAGACACUCUUGCACAGAGCCAUUGAUGAAAACAACGAGUCCACCGCCUGUUUUCUUAUUCGCAGUGGCUGUGAUGUGAAUAGUCCCAGACAGCCAGGUGCUGAUGGAGAAGGAGAAGAAGAGGCUAGGGAUGGGCAGACCCCCUUGCAUUUGGCAGCCUCGUGGGGGCUGGAAGAGACGGUGCAGUGUCUUCUGGAGUUUGGUGCCAAUGUAAAUGCACAGGAUGCAGAAGGAAGAACUCCUGUCCAUGUGGCCAUCAGCAACCAACACAGUGUCAUCAUUCAGUUGUUGAUUUCUCACCCUAAUAUCCACUUAAAUGAGCGAGACAGACAAGGGCUGACCCCAUUUGCCUGUGCCAUGACUUACAAGAACAACAAGGCAGCUGAGGCCAUUCUAAAGCGAGAGUCUGGAGCUGCUGAGCAGGUGGAUAACAAAGGUCGGAAUUUUCUUCACGUGGCAGUUCAGAACUCUGACAUUGAAAGCGUCCUGUUCCUUAUUAGCGUCCAGGCAAACGUCAACUCCAGAGUCCAGGAUGCUUCCAAGUUGACCCCUUUGCACCUUGCUGUUCAAGCAGGCUCAGAGAUCAUUGUCCGCAAUUUGCUUCUUGCAGGAGCCAAGGUAAAUGAGUUAACCAAGCACCGCCAGACUGCCCUCCAUCUUGCUGCCCAGCAGGACCUGCCUACCAUCUGCUCAGUCCUGCUGGAGAAUGAGGUGGACUUUGCUGCUGUGGAUGAGAAUGGAAAUAAUGCUCUUCAUCUCGCUGUCAUGCAUGGUCGGCUCAACAACAUCCGUGUUCUUCUGACAGAGUGCACAGUGGAUGCUGAAGCCUUUAAUCAGAGAGGCCAGUCACCACUGCACAUUUUGGGACAGUAUGGCAAAGAGAAUGCAGCAGCCAUCUUUGAUCUCUUCUUAGAGUGCAUGCCUGAGUAUCCUUUGGAUAAGCCAGAUGCAGAAGGAAACACGGUGUUGCUCUUAGCAUACAUGAAAGGGAAUGCCAACCUGUGCCGUGCCAUUGUCCGGUCUGGGGCUCGCCUUGGGGUAAAUAAUAACCAAGGAGUCAACAUUUUCAACUACCAGGUUGCCACCAAGCAACUUCUGUUUAGAUUAUUAGACAUGCUGUCCAAGGAGCCUCCGUGGUGUGAUGGCUCCAACUGCUACGAGUGCACUGCCAAGUUUGGAGUCACAACUCGAAAACACCACUGUCGUCACUGCGGACGUCUUCUUUGCCAUAAAUGUUCGACCAAGGAGAUCCCUAUUAUAAAGUUUGAUCUGAACAAGCCUGUGCGAGUUUGCAACAUUUGCUUUGAUGUCCUGACUCUGGGUGGGGUCUCUUAGUGAGCCCCUAUCAGGGUCCAGGCCACAUCCCCAGUCACCUCCCCAGCAGCUGCUCUGCUCACCAGCCUGCCCCCGACUCAGAGCAGGAGCUGGCAGUCAUCUUCCUGCAGCAGGAGACUGGAACAAUUAUGGACCAUGUGUGUGAAUCCCAUUUCAGAUCAUUCUGUGUGACUUUCAGUGUGUCAGACUGUAAUCGAGGUUACUAGAUGUCUCACUAACUGGACUAGGCCAUUUUAGCCUAUGUGGUAAAUAUGAUAGGAAUCUGCUAGCAACAUACAAGGACACUUGAAGAACAUUUUCCUUUCCAGUAGCUUAGUGUCCAUCUCAGAGCAUUCACGAAGUCUUCCUGCCUGGGCUGACUUAUGAGGCAGAGCCUGACAGAAUAGGAAGCAGCUGUGGAUGAGAGCUGGCUUUACCGUAGGGUAAGUGGCUGUGGACUUUUCUGCACAGUGUUUUCAUAAAGAUAAUAGGAUCUUCUUGCCCUGAAGUCUUUCCUUCCUUCCUUCCUUUCUUUCUUUUUUUUUUUUUAAAAAGCUAAGCUAUAUUUUUAGUGAGCUACCCCUUUUAAAAAGGUAAAAUCUUUCUAACAGGGUUCAAAGAUGAGAGCUGAAAAAUCGUGGCCUUAACAACUGAAAGCUUUACCAGUGUUCGUGCUGCUGAGGUGUCAAGGGUACAGUGUGGCAGCUUGACACUUAGCAUCUGUCUCAUUCUCUCGUCUUGCUGCGUCCUGUCUGUGGAGUCCUCAAGUCACUGCCACUAGAGAGUGGUAGAGGAAAUGCACUUUUACUGUGCUGCACUUUUUCUAUAGCUGCAUUAUUGGUGAUUCCAAUUUAAAACUCCAUGUUCAAAAAUACCCUUACACAUCCUUGCAUCAGUGAUUCUAAUGUCCAGUUUUGACUAGACCUUAGCCCACACUAAUUUUAAAGGAAAAACUUCUGCAGUGUCUCUUGGAGCAAGAAAUUCAUUCAGGCCAACUCUAAGAAAGGAGAUGAACAAGACUUAAGCCCCAGGGCUACCUCUACCCUCAAGCCAUGAGGUCCUAUCUAUAUGACAAGAAUGCUUCUUGCUGAAUCCUUCCCUGGUAUACUGUGGUCCCCCUUCUCAUAACUUGCCUUUCCCCUUAAUAGCCAAGAGCUGAAGGCCCUGGCCAAGUGUGAGCAACCUGUUUUGGAAGGCUUCAGCUUGAAUGCUGAGUAAGGCCUCCAGAAUUAGCUGGGCCUUAGUCACUGUUAAUACAUCCAUUAACCCUGAGGUGUUAAACUUCUCUUCUUAUGAAGGUUUGGCCAGUUUUGAAAAUGCACAUUGAAAGAGAACCUUCUACCACUGCUUUUUUAAAAAAUAACUCUGAGAUAGCCAGUACCUGCUGUACAGUUAUACUCAGAGAUUAAUGGUCUUAAUCCUACAUGCUGAUUUUUUCCGACAUUUAAUAACCACUACAUAUUUUGCAUUAAUGAAGUAAUGUAGUAUGGAUGUAUGUAUAAAAGGGACUAAAUUUUUUUGCAACAGUCUGCUUUGUUCGUUUCUGUUUUGGAGAUUAUGGUGUGUCUUCUAUGUUGCUGUAGAUUCAUAUGUUCUGUUGUCUCACUUUGUGUAAAAUAUGCUGAUGAACCAGAGUGUUUUUUUAAAAUCUGAUUUAAAACAUGUAUGUGCUUUCUAAGUUAAUAUGAGUUUGUGCACAAUGUUCAAAAAGAAAAAAAAGAAAAAAAAAUGUCACUGUCCCCCAGUCUGUGACAUACUUUAUAUAGAAGUUUUAUAGAAAAGCUCAACCUGUCUUGGCAAAUGACCUGUGAAGCAUGUGGUCAAUUUCCAUUUCCUGUUGCCUAAAAAGGAACACAAGAAGGAUGUAGGGCUUAAUUAGGUAGCUUAAUUCGUUAAUUAGAAAGUAAGAUAGUUAUGUUUCAGAUAUGAAGUGAGGUGAUUGGUCCACAUAUACUUACUCUUUUAAUGUUUAUAGUGGAAAGAGGAUAGAAAAUCAGACAGGAGUGAGGCAGAUUGUUAGCUCUUGCCCUACCACGCCAUUUUCAAUAACAGUCUUGCCUGUAAUUGCACUUAAAAUCAUAAUAUCAUGUUUUAAAUAUGUCAAUUCAACCUGUUUCUUCAGAAUCCAGAAAUAGCAAUGGUACUGACCAGCCAUGGAUUGGGGGGCAUUUUUUGAGUUCUGCAUUGGUGCAUUCGUGUAGAUCUAGAACAAGCAUCUUUCUGGAGUCUUAGAGAUCUCUCUGGCCACUCUGCUUACUGGGCUGUCCUCAGUAGACUCCUUCAGGGGACUUCACCCUACACUGCCCUGGCCGGGACCAGGUACGCCGCAUCCCUUCUAUGCUGUCCAUGCUGACAUAACUUCUAGCCAUUGUUAAACUUUAAUCAUUAGCUUGAGAAUUAGUAGAAAAAUCUAAUUUUAUUCAUUCAAAAAGUUGCCAAUUAUGAAUGCAUAGAGGAGCAGGAAGAAUAAACUUUACUGGAACAUAACUUGCUGCAUCAGUCAAUAUUGUCAUGCUGGAUUAGCUUUUUAACUGCCUCUUGCUCAGCGCCAGACUUAAUAUAGUAUAUUUUUAAGUUUUCUUGUUUUUUAAGACAGAGAUACAGACCUUCUGCUAUGUAUAAAAAGAAUGGCUUAAACUAAUUUGCUGUGAUCCUCUAACACAGAAAUGUCUCACAAACUUAAGUGCCUACACAUAGGACUCUCAUUUUCAGUAGUCUUUUUCAGUGGUGUCUCACUGACUAAUGUAUUAGAACACGUGUUCCAUUUGGAGUUUUGUGCCUGUGCACUGUCAACCCCAAUUACUAAUUUAGUUGAGGCUGGAUUAGAUUGCUCACUUCACCUGCCACAUUCUCUCCAAGGAGUGGGGUCCACAUGACCUUUCAUCCUCUACCUCAGAGCCCUGAGUUAUUUUUGACCACUCCUCUCAUAUUCCUCCCUCUGCCCCCAGAUGGGUUCCUGUGUGGAGCUGGGUGCUUGAGGUCUCACCACUCUUCCCAAUUUGUGUCCCUUCUGUCAGAACGAAUCAUUCCUGCACUAGUCUUUUCUGCAGGCAAGGGGUAGCCGUCAGGCUUGGGAAGGGAAGGGAGCACCUGGCCUCCAUCUAGUUUUCCUUUACCUAGAGAAAAAGAACAUGGCAGAACUACAUAAUGCUUAGACAUGAGAGGGAAUGAUAGCAGCGUGCACAAGUAAACAUAUGCCUCCAUCACAGGCACACUGGCUUCCUUCAGGACAAGCCCAGGAGAACCACUUGAAGCACCAGAGCUACUCUUCCCAGUUGGGGAGAGGAGCAACAAAGAGGAAGCACCUCACCAAAGGCAUCUGGAAGCCACACUGUUUUUGUGAAAGAGAUUUAGUGAAGAUCUGAGUUGACCAAAUAUAAAUUAAACACAAUUCCCAGAAGUUAUAGAUGCCUUAAAGACUUUCUACGGAGGAUCAUUGCCUGUACAGUUUCCUUUUUUUGUGUGUAGCAUAAAUCUAUUAACCUGUUACAUCUGACAACAUUGGUUUCCUCUAGCUAGACAGUCUUGAGUUGAAACUGUUGUAUUUACUGGCUUGCCUGUUGGGCAGAUGCGUGGAGCUGGCUGUUCCUUGACAUUCCUGUGGUACCACGGAUAAGGCAGGAGCUGAGCAGAAACUGCAGGUACACACUUGAGCUGGUCACCUUGGCUUCCAGGCCAUUCAGGGUGUCAGUGUGAGAUGACAGUAUCAUAUAGGACCAUGGCGCUUAUCAACAUUGUUUCUUUUGAGUCCAUGUAAUGGAAUGUAUUUUUCAAAUACUGAUACUUGCAUUUUCUGUAACAAUUCCUUAUAAUAAAAUGAGGUAAAAUGUGCGUUUAAAGUGGAAACUUUUACAUUUAUAGCUAAUUCUAAUGCAGGAGUACCAAUAAGCAUUAAAAACAAAAUUUAAAAACUCUU